AUGGUCGUGCCAUCAGCCUUCCCCCCUCGUUCGGGGGGGUGUGGGGCCCCCGGUAAUGGUCGUGCCCAUGCACCGGGGACUCAUGGCCUUCCACAGUGCUCCAGUCUUAGGGUGCUACGGUACUUCCGGAAAGAUGGACAUAACUGGAGAAAGAAAAAAGAUGGAAAGACAGUGAAGGAGGCUCAUGAAAGACUCAAGGCUGGGAGUGUUGAUGUACUGCAUUGCUAUUAUGCUCAUGGAGAAGAGAACGAAAAUUUUCAAAGGCGUAGCUACUGGAUGCUUGAAGAGGAGCUAUCUCACAUAGUUCUUGUUCAUUACCGGGAGGUAAAGGGUAGCAGGGCAAACUACAAUCGGUUUAGGGAUGCUGAUGUUACUCCCAAUAGUGGGCAGAAUCCAGAUGUAUCUAAUUCCACUAUGUAUGGAUCAGAAGCUUCUAGAUCUCGACAAUAUGAUCACCAAGGAGCAUCACAGGUCACUGAUACAACUAGCCAUAACAGUACUCAGGCUUCAGAACGUGAAGAUGCUGAAUCAGCAUACAGGCACGAAGCAAACGCUGUACUCCAGUCUAUUCGUGAGUUACAAUUGCCUGCAAAGCAAAAGAUGGAAGUUGGUUCUAUUCCUUAUUAUCCAGUUCCGACAUCAAAUAAUUAUCAAGGACAAUUGUCAGCUCUUCCUGAUACGAGUUUUGGAAAUAUCCAACAAGGAGAAACAAGUGAAAUAACUACAGAUAUUUCUUUUACAUACGGUCUUCACCGCAAUGAUGUCCCGACUUGGGAAAAAAUUGUUGAAAGCAGUAAUUCCGGUUUUGAAUCUGUGAAUUUUCAGUCUUCACUUGCUUCAACCCAGUCAAGUGCAGUUAGCAUAAUGCCUGGCCAAGACAAUCAACUCUUCGAUCAAGCUUUUACUGGUGUGUUUGGGAAAAGGCAAGAGCUUGGGAGCCAUUCUGGUGGCAUUGAAGCGUGGCAGGCUUCAGAGAGUGAUUCUUCGCAGAUGUCAAAGUGGUCUACGGAUCAGAAGUUGGAUGGUAACCUGAAUUUAGGGCAGAACACAUAUUAUUCAUCAGUGGGUCAGCCUCUGUUGAAUGAUCGUAGAACCAAACCAAAUGAUGCUAAUCAAGUGGAAAUUUCCGAUUCAUUGGGACUUCCAGAUAUACAUCUAACAGAACAAAAUGGAAAUACGGUUGAAAGUUCUCUUAGAUCAGAUUGCAGCCAAAACCUGAAUCUAGAUAAUAAAACCAAUUAUUCUGCUUUAAGACAGCCUUUAUUGGACGGUGUUAUGCGAGAAGGUCUCAGAAAACUAGACAGCUUUGACCGUUGGAUGAGUAAAGAACUUGGUGAUGUGGCCGAGUCAACAAUGCAUCCUGGUUCUGGGGUAUACUGGGAGACUGUUGGAAGUGAAGAUGGAGAUGAAUCUGGCAUUUCUACUCAGGCCUUAGAUAACUACGUCCUUGGUCCUUCUCUCUCUCAAGACCAGCUCUUUAGCAUUAUUGACUUCUCUCCAAAUUGGGCAUUUUCUGGGACAGAAAUUAAGGUGCUUAUUUCGGGAAGAUUCUUGAGGAGUUAUGAUCAGGUGGAGAAGUAUGGAUGGGCAUGCAUGUUUGGCGAAAUAGAAGUUCCUGCACAAAUUGUAGGAGAUGGAGUUCUCAGAUGCCUUACACCUGCACAUGAGACGGGAAGGGUUCCAUUCUAUAUCACAUGUUCUAAUAGAUUAGCAUGCAGUGAAGUACGAGAAUUCGAGUUUCUCGGUUCUGUUCAGGAUGUGGAUCUUGGGGAUACUUCCGAUGAAACCCUUCUUCACAUGAGAUUCGUAAAACUGCUGUCUCUUGGAUCAAGCACUUCUGAAGCCUCUGUCCAAGCUAUUUCACCCAGGACCUCGGAAUUAUGCCUCAAAAUCAGUGCUCUUUUGAGAGAUGAUACUGAGUGGGAACAGAUGUUGAACAUCACUAAGCAGGAUGAGUUUUCAGCGGAUAAGGUGAAGGAUCAGCUGCUACAGAAGCUUCUGAAGGAGAAGUUGCAUGAUUGGCUUCUGCAAAAGGUUGGUGAAGGUGAUAAGGGUCCCGGUGUUCUAGAUGAGGGUGGUCAAGGUGUGCUGCAUUUUGCUGCCGCUCUAGGUUAUGACUGGGCUAUACCACCCACCAUAGCUGCAGCUGUGGAGACAGUCUCUGAGCGCACAGCGACGCCAGCUGGCGAUGAAGGUGAUCAGACCCAUGGACUAUCGCUCCAGGACUCCUUGGCGGCCGUACGUAAUGCUACCCAAGCUGCUGCUCGUAUUCAUCAGGUCUUCAGGCUGCAGUCUUUCCAGAGGAAGCAGCUCGAGGAGUACAGUGAUGGCAAAUUCAGGACGUCGAACGAGCGUGCUCUAUCGCUGUUGGCCGGGAAAAGCAAGAGAAGUGGACAGCAUAAUGAGCCGGUUCUUGCAGCUGCCGUGCGUAUUCAGAAUAAGUUCCGGAGUUGGAAGGGCCGAAAAGACUUUUUGCUCAUCAGGCAGCGGGUUAUUAAGAUUCAGGCUCAUGUGAGAGGACACCAGGUUAGGAAAAACUACAGGAAGAUAAUCUGGUCCGUGGGAAUUCUUGAUAAGGUCAUCUUGCGGUGGAGAAGGAAAGGAAGAGGACUGAGCAGGUUUAAAACUGAAACACAAGCCACGGACUCUAGCAUGGUAGAUACAGAAACAAAUGAGGAUGACUAUGAUUUUCUAAAAGAAGGCCGGAAAAAGACGGAGGAGAGAUUGCAGAAGGCCCUUGCGAGAGUGAAAUCUAUGGUUCAAUAUCCUGAAGCCCGAGAUCAAUAUCGCAGGUUGCUGAAUGUUGUCUCAGAAAUGCAGGAAGCCAAGGCAACAUAUGAUAAGGUCUUGAACAAUCCUGAAGUUGAUUUUGACGAUGAUCUGAUCGAUUUUGAAGCUUUGUUGAAUGAUGACACCUUCAUGCCGACAGCGUCUUAG